AUGUCGGUUCAGCAACCACCGUGGUCGAUUCCGACGAACCAGGCAGAAGAGCCCGCCUUGAAGGUCUUCAACUCGCUCACUAAAACCAAGACAGAGUUUGUACCCAGGAAUGGUCGCCACGUUAAGUGGUACAACUGCGGGCCAACUGUCUACGAUGCAUCACAUAUGGGGCAUGCGAGAAACUAUGUAACGCAAGACAUUCUACGGAGAAUAGUGUCGGACUACUUCGGAUAUGACGUUCACUUUGUCAUGAACAUCACCGAUAUCGACGACAAGAUUAUCCUUCGUGCCCGACAAACGUUCCUCCUUGAACGGUUCCGCAAGGAGACGACCAAGCUCGACUCUUUACUCUUCCAAGAGGUGUACAACGCGUGGGCAGCGUACGUACUCGAUAAAGUUGCGAAAGGUCUCGCCGAGAACGACAAACCUUACCAAGGUGGGGAAGACGAGUUCUGGGAUGGCCUGCCUACACUUUUAGCGCAGUCGGGAUGGAAGCAGGAGUGCCUGAAGAGGGACGAGAAGUUUGACAUGCACGUAUCCGCGGCUGACCGCGCAUUCGCUGCUCUUUCCAAAGCUAAAACGCGACUGGACGCCGGAGAUAGCAGCCUUGAAGGGGCACACGAACUCAUCGACGAAUCUCGUGACGUCCUUGCCCCCGUCCUGGACGGCAAGCACAAGACCACUGUCUCGGAUCACUCCAUAUUCCGGUCACUGUCUUCUUACUGGGAGGGUCGCUUCUUUGACGACAUGAAGCGUCUGCGGGUUCGCGAUCCAGACACCCUCACGCGCGUGACCGAGUAUGUGCCUGAGAUCGUGGAGUUCGUGGAAGGUAUCAUCAAAAACGGUUACGCUUAUGAGCUAGAAGGCAGUGUGUACUUCAAUACAAACGUCUUCGACGCCGCUCCAAACCAUGACUACGCGCGGUUGGAGCCUUGGAGCAAGGGGAACAAGGAGCUUCUGGAGGAGGGCGAGGGUGCGCUGGGGGCUAAAUUAGGUCAGCGAUCGCCGGCCGACUUUGCGCUCUGGAAAGCGUCCAAGCCUGGCGAACCUUCAUGGCCAUCCCCAUGGGGCCCCGGUCGACCUGGGUGGCACAUUGAAUGCUCAGUUAUGGCUAGCGCGGUUCUGGGCGACAACAUGGACAUCCACUCCGGCGGCAUCGACCUCGCAUUCCCGCACCACGAUAACGAGCUUGCGCAGUCCGAGGCAUAUCACAACUGCGACCGCUGGGUGAACUACUUCCUGCACACCGGUCACCUGCAUAUCGAGGGCCUGAAGAUGAGCAAGUCGCUCAAGAACUUUAUCACGAUUGACGAAAUUCUGCAGCGAUUCACAGCACGUCAACUAAGGUUGGCGUUUCUGUCGCAGCUGUGGAACGCUAAAGUCGACUUCUCCGAGUCGCUCAUGCUAGGCGAGGUCAAAACCGUCGAGGCAACCUUCAACAACUUCUUUGCCACGGUGAAGGCUCUCGUGAGCCGCUACAGAAGCCCAAGUCAUCAGGCGGACGGGCUGCAUCGCUACAACGCAGAGGAGCGCGAGCUCACGGCCCGUUUCCACGCGGCUCAGGCUGCGUUCCGCGCUGCGUUGUGCGACUCGUUCAACACGCCCGAGGCUCUGAUUAUUCUGCGCGAUGUCGUCUCGCGUACGAAUGUGUACAUUAACGCGCAAGGGAGUAGUCUUAACAUCGGUCUCGUCGAGUACAUCACAAAAUGGGUCGCGAAUAUGUUGCGCAUGUUUGGCCUUGGGGAAGGACAAGUAGAAGAGAUAGGGUGGGGACAAGAUGCCGACGAGGGUGCCGGUGGCGUCAACAGAGAGGGAAUGCUCAUGCCCUACCUGCAAACCAUGUCAAGCUUCCGGGACAGCGUGCGCAAGAUCGCCAUCGCGAAGGGUGACACCGCGCUCAAAGAAAUUCUUGCGCUGUGCGACAGCCUCCGAGACAACGAUCUGGUACCCCUCGGUGUAGCACUCGACGAUCAACCAGAUGGGAAGGCGCUCGUUAAACUUGUGCCGCCGUCUGAGCUCAUUAAAGCACGCGACGAGAAAAAGGCCAAGGCGGAAGCUUUGGCAGCGAAGAAGGCCGCGCAAGUGGAAGUCGAACGUCAAAAACGGAUUGCGAAGCUCGAGAAGGGGCGCGUGCCGUCUGAAGAGAUGUUCAAGCCGCCCAACGUCGCCGAGGGGACAUAUUCGGCAUGGAACGAGCAGGGCAUCCCAAUUGCCGAUGGCGAGGGAAAGGAGCUCUCGAAGAACCAGGCGAAGACGGUGCUCAAAUCUUGGACGAACCAGAAGAAACUGCAUGAGGAGUUUUUAGCGUGGCAGAGGGAGCAGGGUCAACAAUAGGUGGAACAUGUGUUGGACGUAGUACAGGUUUAUUGUUGCUCAUACUUAUAUCUGGGUAUGAUGAAGAGAUUGGAUUCGAAAGCUGUAUAUCUAUCUAGACAUGGGUAAUGUGUAAUACCAGCAGCACUGGGCAUGGAUCGAUCUCGUUACCACUGGCCACAGGCAACUACCAACUUUGCUAUCUUUUCCAAGCCUGCCUGGUCCACCUCGUCGAAGCCGGAUGGUGCGAGGCAAUCCAAAUCGAGCACGCCAAUAGCAAUCCUCUGACCUUCACGCUCGAGCAAAAGCGGACAUACGAUCUCGCUCUGCGUCUCGCCGUCGCACGCGAUGUGGCCGGGGUACGAAUGCACGUCGCGGACGAGCACGGUCCUCUGCGAAAGGAACGCGUCUGCGCAAACGCCGCGGGCUUUGCCUGGCGUAGUGUUGAUCAGCUGGCACGCGGGCUUGCCGCAGAAAGGCCCGAGGAGAAUCUUGGUCGCUCCGUUAUCUGCUCCAGGGGCAGUUGAUGCAUAUGUUGCGUCGGUUUCCGUCCCGGAUCCGAGGACAUGCAAACGGGGUGGUGGAAAGAGAGUUGGGAUCAGGUAGAACCCACACCAGUUGACCAUACGAGAACCAUCACCGAAAUGGGACGGGAACGCGAGUAAGGCAUUGGAGACCACAGAAGACACAUUGGAUAGGUUCGUUAUCCAGUGGUUGUUGCCUCCCAAGAGAGAUUCGACCUGCUCGUACACGUGUGCCCAGAACUGUUCCUUUGUGGUAAUGUUUUCAGGUACGAAGGCGG